AUGCCUGAGCUUCCCGAAGUUCAUCGCGCCGAAAGAGCGUGCAAUGCUAAAUUAGUUGGAAAAAAGAUCGUUAAUGUUGAAUCGCAAGAAGACAAUCUUGUUUUUUUUGAUAUGACAAACAAAGAAUUUGAAAAGAGACUACUGAAUAAAAUUGUUGUAGAUACGGGACGAUGGGGGAAAUAUUUUUAUUUUUUACUUAAUGAAGGUCCACACGUUGUUAUGCAUUUUGGAAUGACUGGAGACAUUCGUGUAUAUAUUAAUGUUAAUAUUUUGCCAUCUAAGGAUGAUCCAAAAGAUUGGCCUCCUCGUUUCUGGAAAUUCACAAUUACUCUUGUGGAAUUAUCAAAUUCAUCUUCACAAACUUCACAAAACAUAGUAAUGGCAUUCACUGACAAGCGAAGAUUGGCAAGAAUACGUCUUGUUAAUUCACCUUUACAAGAUCUUCCAAUAUCAAAACUUGGUUUUGACCCUAUAUUAAAUAUGCCAGAUAGACAAACAUUUAAGGAAAAAACUUUAAAGCGUCAUUGCCCUAUCAAAGCAUUAUUACUAGAUCAAUCAUUCUCAGCUGGCGUUGGAAAUUGGAUAGCAGAUGAAGUACUUUAUCAGUCGCGCAUACACCCGGCACAAUAUGCGAAUACAUUAAGUGAUGAACAGAUUACAGCAUUGCAUGAGAAUUUGAUAUAUGUUUGUCAAACUGCUGUAGAAGUUAAUGCAGAUGCUAGUUUGUUUCCUUCUUCUUGGCUAUUUCAUUAUAGAUGGGGUAAAGGAAAUAAAGCAGGUGCAUUUAUGCCAGAUGGUGAAAAGAUUUUGUUUGAAACUGUUGGUGGUAGAACUAGUGCAAUUGUACCGAGCGUGCAAAUUCUAAUUCAAAGUGCGUCAAAAAGUGACAGUUCUUAUACAUCAAAUGACUUGAAUGUCAAAAAGUCAACACGUCAGAAGCGAUCUACAAUAGGUGAAAAUUUAAAAUCCGAAAACUUGGUCAAGGUCUCUUCAACUAAACGUCGACGAAAAUCGUAA